GGCGCAAGCGCAAAGCACCAUCUUGUGUCGCGUGUGCGGCCUCUCUUCCUCUACCGCCAUCAUGGGUCGUAUGCACGCUCCCGGAAAGGGCUUGUCCCAGUCAGCUCUGCCUUACAGGCGCAGUGUGCCAACUUGGCUGAAGCUGACAUCAGAUGAUGUCAAAGAGCAGAUUUUCAAGCUGGCUAAAAAGGGUCUGACCCCAUCUCAGAUUGGUGUCAUUCUGAGGGACUCGCACGGUGUUGCCCAGGUCCGUUUUGUCACUGGCAACAAGAUCCUGAGGAUCCUCAAGUCCAAGGGCCUGGCCCCUGACCUGCCUGAGGACCUGUACCACCUCAUCAAGAAGGCCGUGGCUGUCAGGAAGCAUCUGGAGAGAAACAGAAAGGACAAAGAUGCUAAGUUCCGUCUGAUUCUCAUCGAGAGCCGAAUCCACAGGCUGGCCCGUUACUACAAGACCAAGAGAGUUCUGGCCCCCAACUGGAAGUACGAAUCCUCUACAGCUUCUGCUCUGGUGGCAUAAACUUUUUUUUUUUUCAAAUAAAUGAAACAUUCAGUUGGA